GCCACCUUUCCAUUCAGUCGCCCAACAUGGCUGGAGCACAGCUCUGAGCCUUCGCCACCGUCACCGCCACCGCCGCCGCCGUCACCACCGCCGUCGCCCGCCCGGAGUGCUCCGCACCGGGCUGAGUCCCGGGCGGCCGCAGGCAUGUUGGGCACCGCGGACGAGAGCUCGGUGCGCGUGGCUGUCAGAAUAAGACCACAGCUUGCCAAAGAAAAGAUCGAAGGCUGUCAUAUCUGCACGUCGGUCACCCCAGGAGAGCCCCAGGUCUUCCUAGGGAAGGAUAAGGCCUUUACUUUUGAUUAUGUGUUUGACAUCGACUCCCAGCAGGAGCAGAUCUACACUCAGUGCAUCGAAAAGCUCAUUGAAGGCUGUUUUGAAGGGUACAACGCUACAGUGUUUGCCUAUGGACAAACUGGAGCUGGGAAAACAUACACGAUGGGAACCGGAUUUGAUGUCAACAUCAUGGAGGAAGAGCAGGGCAUCAUCUCCCGGGCUGUUAGACACCUAUUCAAGAGUAUUGAAGAGAAGAAGACCUCAGCGAUUAAAAAUGGGGUCCCUCCUCCUGAAUUCAAAGUGAAUGCACAAUUCCUAGAGCUCUAUAAUGAAGAGGUCCUUGACUUGUUUGAUACCACUCGGGAUAUUGAUGCGAAAAAUAAGAAAUCAAAUAUAAGAAUCCAUGAAGAUUCAACUGGGGGAAUUUAUACUGUGGGAGUCACAACGCGCACUGUGAAUACAGAACCGGAGAUGAUGCAGUGUCUGAAGCUGGGCGCUCUCUCGCGCACCACGGCUAGCACCCAGAUGAACGUGCAGAGUUCUCGCUCACACGCCAUUUUUACCAUUCACGUGUGUCAGACCAGAGUGUGUCCCCAAACCGAUGCUGAGAACGUGACCGAUAAUAAGAUGAUCUCCGAGUCGUCGCAGAUGAACGAGUUUGAAACGCUGACUGCGAAGUUUCACUUCGUCGAUCUGGCAGGGUCAGAGAGACUGAAGAGAACCGGAGCUACAGGCGAGAGAGCGAAAGAGGGCAUCUCCAUCAACUGCGGGCUUUUGGCUCUUGGAAAUGUAAUCAGUGCCUUGGGGGACAAGAGCAAGAGAGCCACCCACGUCCCUUACAGAGAUUCUAAGCUGACAAGACUCUUACAGGAUUCUCUGGGGGGUAACAGCCAAACAAUCAUGAUAGCAUGUGUCAGCCCUUCAGACAGAGAUUUUAUGGAGACGUUAAACACUCUGAAAUAUGCCAAUCGAGCUAGAAAUAUCAAGAACAAGGUGAUGGUCAAUCAAGACAGAGCCAGUCAGCAAAUCAACGCACUCCGGAGUGAGAUCACGCGGCUUCAGAUGGAGCUCAUGGAAUACAAAACAGGUAAAAGGAUAAUUGACGAGGAAGGCGUGGAAAGCAUCAAUGACAUGUUUCACGAGAAUGCUAUGCUGCAGACAGAAAAUAAUAAUCUGCGCAUAAGAAUCAAAGCCAUGCAGGAGACUGUUGAUGCUCUGAGGGCCAGAAUCACACAGCUUGUCAGUGAGCAGGCCAACCAAGUUCUUGCCCGAGCAGGUGAGGGGAAUGAAGAAAUCAGUAAUAUGAUUCAUAGUUAUAUCAAAGAAAUUGAAGAUCUCAGGGCAAAAUUAUUAGAAAGUGAAGCGGUAAAUGAGAAUCUUCGGAAGAACUUGACCAGAGCCACCGCGAGGUCUCCUUACUUCAGUGCAUCCUCAGCUUUCUCUCCUACUAUACUGUCCUCGGACAAAGAAACUAUCGAAAUUAUAGAUCUAGCAAAGAAAGACUUAGAGAAACUAAAAAGGAAAGAGAAGAAGAAGAAGAGAAGUGUUACUGGGAAAGAUGAUAAUGCAGACACCGACCAGGAGAAAAAAGAAGAAAAGGGUGUUUCGGAUAAAGAAAACAAUGAACUAGAUGUGGAAGAGAAUCAAGAAGUGAGUGACCAUGAGGAUGAGGAAGACGAGGAAGAGGAAGAAGAGGAAGAGGAUGACAUUGAAGGAGAAGAAAGCUCUGAUGAAUCAGAUUCUGAAUCAGAUGAAAAAGCUAACUACCAAGCGGACUUAGCGAAUAUCACGUGCGAAAUCGCAAUUAAGCAGAAGCUGAUUGAUGAACUAGAGAACAGCCAGAAACGGCUGCAGACGCUGAAGAGGCAGUACGAGGAGAAGCUCAUGAUGCUGCAACACAAGAUCCGGGACACGCAGCUGGAGAGGGACCAGGUGCUCCAGAACCUCGGCUCAGUAGAGUCAUACUCUGAAGAAAAGGCAAAAAAAGUGAAGUGUGAAUACGAAAAGAAACUCCACGCCAUGAACAAAGAGUUGCAGCGACUGCAGACGGCCCAAAAGGAGCACGCCAGGCUCCUCAAAAACCAGUCUCAGUAUGAAAAGCAGCUAAAGAAACUGCAGCAGGAUGUCAUGGAAAUGAAGAAAACCAAGGUUCGCCUAAUGAAGCAGAUGAAGGAAGAGCAAGAGAAAGCGAGGCUGACAGAAUCUAGAAGGAACCGGGAAAUCGCUCAGCUGAAGAAGGAUCAGCGCAAGAGAGAUCAUCAACUUAGACUUCUAGAAGCCCAGAAAAGAAAUCAAGAAGUAGUUCUGCGACGCAAAACUGAAGAGGUUACAGCUCUCCGCAGGCAAGUGAGGCCUAUGUCUGAUAAAGUAGCGGGAAAAGUUACUCGGAAGCUGAGCUCAUCUGAAAGCCCUGCUCCAGACACAGGUUCCAGUGUGGCUUCGGGGGAAGCGGAUGCAUCUCGGGCAGGCACCCAGCAGAAAAUGAGGAUUCCUGUGGCCAGAGUCCAGGCAUUACCAGCACCUACCACAAACGGCACCAGGAAAAAUUAUCAGAGGAAAGGAUUCACUGGCCGGGUGUUCACUUCCAAGACGGCUCGCAUGAAGUGGCAGCUACUGGAGCGCCGGGUGACGGACAUCAUCAUGCAGAAAAUGACCAUUUCCAACAUGGAGGCGGACAUGAACAGACUCCUCAGGCAACGGGAAGAACUCACAAAAAGGCGAGAGAAACUUUCAAAAAGGAGAGAGAAGAUAGUCAAGGAGAGUGGAGAGGGAGAUAAGAACGUGGCUAACAUCGGCGAGGAGAUGGAGUCCCUGACUGCGAAUAUAGAUUACAUCAAUGACAGUAUUGCCGACUGUCAGGCCAACAUCAUGCAGAUGGAGGAAGCAAAGGAAGAAGGGGAGACAUUGGAUGUCACUGCUGUCAUUAAUGCCUGUACGCUGACGGAAGCUCGGUACCUGCUAGAUCACUUCCUGUCAAUGGGCAUCAAUAAGGGUCUGCAGGCUGCCCAGAAAGAGGCUCAAAUUAAAGUCCUCGAAGGUCGACUCAAACAGACUGAGAUCACCAGUGCAACCCAGAACCAACUCUUAUUCCACAUGCUGAAAGAAAAGGCAGAGCUAAACCCGGAGCUGGACGCCUUGCUAGGCCACGCACUGCAAGAAAAUGAAGAGGACAGCAGUGACGAAGACGGCCCUUUACACAGCCCGGGGUCGGAGGGAAGCACGUUGUCUUCAGACCUUAUGAAGCUUUGUGGUGAAGUGAAACCUAAGAACAAGGCUCGAAGGAGAACCACCACUCAGAUGGAGCUGCUCUAUGCAGAUAGCAGUGAAGCAGCCUCAGACAUUAGUGCAGGAGACGCCUCUCUGCCUGGCCCUCUGGCACCUGUGGCAGAAGGGCAGGAGAUUGGAAUGAAUACAGAGACAAGUGGUACUUCUGCUAGGGACAAAGAGCUUCUUCCCCCAUCUGGCUUACCUUCUAAGAUAGGCAGCAUUUCCAGACAGUCAUCUCUAUCAGAAAAAAAAGUGCCAGAGCCUUCCCCUCUAACAAAGAGAAAGGUGUAUGAGAAAACAGAUAAACCAAAGGAGCAUAAACACUCAGAUUCGGGCGCUUCCGAGACUAGCCUCUCACCUCCCUCCUCCCCACCAAGCCGGCCCCGUAACGAGCUGAAUGUGUUUAAUCGCCUUACUGUUUCUCAGGGAAACCCGUCAGUUCAGCAGGAUAAGGGCAUAAUCAACCCAUUUCCUGCCUGCAAAGGAAUCAGAGCAUCUUCCCUUCAGUGCGUUCACAUAGCUGAAGGGCACACAAAGGCUGUGCUCUGUGUGGAUUCUACUGAUGAUCUUCUCUUCACUGGAUCAAAAGAUCGUACUUGUAAAGUAUGGAAUCUUGUGACUGGACAGGAAAUUAUGUCACUAGGGGUUCACCCUAACAACGUUGUGUCUGUAAAGUACUGCAAUUAUACCAGUCUGGUCUUCACAGUGUCAACAUCUUAUAUUAAGGUGUGGGAUAUCAGAGAGUCAGCAAAAUGUAUUCGAACAUUAACAUCUUCAGGUCAAGUUACUCUUGGAGACACUUGCUCUGCAAGCACCAGCCGGACAGUAGCUAUUCCUUCCGGAGAGAGCCAGAUCAAUCAAAUUGCAUUAAACCCCACGGGCACUUUCCUCUAUGCAGCCUCUGGAAAUGCUGUCAGAAUGUGGGACCUUAAAAGGUUUCAGUCUACAGGAAAGCUAACCGGACACCUGGGUCCUGUUAUGUGCCUUACGGUAGACCAGAUCUCCAAUGGACAGGACCUAAUCAUCACGGGUUCAAAAGACCACUACAUCAAAAUGUUUGAAGUGACUGAAGGGGCUCUUGGAACUGUAAGUCCCACCCACAACUUCGAGCCUCCUCAUUAUGACGGGAUAGAAGCACUGGCCAUUCAAGGCGAUAACCUAUUCAGUGGAUCCAGAGACAAUGGAAUCAAGAAGUGGGACUUAGCCCAGAAAGGGCUUCUUCAGCAAGUCCCAAAUGCACACAAGGACUGGGUCUGUGCCUUGGGCGUGGUGCCAGGCCAUCCGGUUUUGCUUAGUGGCUGCAGGGGUGGCAUUUUGAAACUCUGGAAUGUGGAUACUUUCGUGCCAGUUGGAGAGAUGAGAGGUCAUGACAGUCCCAUCAAUGCCAUCUGUGUGAACUCCACCCAUGUCUUCACUGCCGCUGACGAUCGAACUGUGAGAAUCUGGAAGGCCCACAAUUUGCAAGAUGGUCAAAUCUCGGACACAGGAGAUCUGGGGGAAGAUAUGGCCAGUAAUUAACAUGAAUGGGGAUAAGCAGAAGCUGACACUGUGAUGGUACUCUGUGUUCUUUAUUGAAAAUGAUGUCCUGCACUUAUUACUAAUGGAAUCAACUGGAAAUAUAUCUCAAUACAUUGCUAGAUAAUGUGUAUCCUAGUAAAAUUGUUCUGUCUUGUAUGUGAAAUAUUAAUAUGUACCAACACAUAGACUUCCUAAAAUCGAUGUAUUGCUCGAAUCACACUUUUACUGUGGCUGAAUUGUUGUGCCUAGCUAUAAAAAGACAUCUCGGAUUAUUUGAGUUAUAAGACAUCUGCUUUUAUGACAUCCAGAAGCAUACCCAGAAUAAGACAGGCCUACCUGUUAACUCAUUCAAAUAACGUGGUCAUAACUUACACGUUUAAGCAUAUAUUGGAAUUGUUUAAUCAAAUUGUAGUCUGCUCAUCAGGAAUGUUGUCAAUGAGUUUCAAAGCUGGUUCAGUGUAAUAGAAUAACAAAAGGAGGAAUUAUUGGUGAUGCUUCAUAAUUGACGUAGUCGGCUAAGAAAGAUAACAGUUUGCGCUAAGAUGCUUGUGUUUACCUGUAUUGACCAAAGCUUUCCGUUGUUCUGCAUUCUGUGCCCAGGAUUGAAACGCUGCACAGCCCUUGUGUUGUUGGUAGCGCUGGGCACGAAUUCUGGGGCAGUAAGCUGUUGAUUUCCUAACAGAAAGAUAUUUUGAUCUAUUUUCCUAUGGAAUUGUUUCUAGUAUUAUCUUUUAAUUUCUUUUUUUUAUUUAAUAGUAAUAGCUCCUUUCUCCUUCCUCUGAUUUUUAUAUGCUGCUAAAUAUAUUUUAAAUAUACUGUGUUUGCACACACUGGUAGCUAUGAUGUGUUUGCACACAUUGGUAGGCUAUUAUUGUUUGUGGUGGGAACCCGUGUAAAUAGGUAGAUUGUAAAGAGAGACUAUCUUGCAUUAUGACUGUAUGAAUUUCUAAAUGCUGUUUGAUUGGGUUUUGUUACAGGAUGUAUAAUUUAUCCGUCUGCUCAGAAUAUUAAUUUGUAAAUUCUGUACGGUUAAUUUUAUGUAAUGGUAUAACUUUUGAAAUUGUUGUCUUGUGUUAUUUGAUUUUUUUUUUUUGCCCUGAAAAUAUUUGUUUGUAAAUGAAAGUUUAGCUAGUGCUUAAAUAAACAUGUGCUAUGAAUUGUUUCUAUUUCACUGGUCUUUAUCUAAUUGUAAGAAAA